CAAAUGAAAGUCGUCAGAACUGUGAGGUGCGUAAGGAUUGUUAGCAAGAAAGAAUUCAGACAUAUAUAUGUACUGUGCGGAUCGUUGUGUUACUUUUUUAAAUAAAACUUGUGUCUACAUUGACUUCUAGAAACGAAAAUAUGCCAAAAAAGGUCCCAAACGAAAGCGGAAAUUUGUUGUUUCAUACACGGAGCAGGAUGGGAACUAUCUUUCUUGUUUGAAUCACCGUAUUUUUACUCUACAUUUUCUAUCGAACAAGUGCAAGAUGGCUUCUGUAGAAAGUGUUCAAGAGGAGCAAAAAGGCUGCGUUUGCAAAGGAAAUUGUUCGAACAAGAUUUGUGGUUGCGUUAAGAAGGGCGCAAGAUGCACGGAAGAACUUUGCAAGUGUAAUUUGUGUGAAAAUCGAACAGUGAAGAAGAAGCCAAAAUCAGCUAAGGAUAAAAAUAAAUCUUCACAAUUCAUAAGAAUCACUGAAAAUUAUGCAGAACAAACAUUUAAUACCAGCCGGUCUGCCCGAAAUUUGACAAAGAAGCUUACAGCUAAGGACAAAUUGCAAAAGUUUAGAAAUCCUGACGCGGAUGAUUCACUUUUGCCUGUCGAAUCAGAACAUGACAAUACAACGCUGGGAACAAGAUCUCGAAAGAAUACUGGAAGGUUACAAGAAGAAUCGAAAAGAAGGACAUCCGCUGAGCACAGUUUAGCUAAAGAAAUGGUAAAGAAUUCCAGAGGAUUGCGAAGAUCACGUUCAGUUAACGACAUCUAUCAGGUUGCAUACAAUACAAGGUCGCACAAAAAGUUGAGAAAGGGGAAAUUUUUUAUUCUGGAUGAUAAGAAUACAAAAUUACCACUCAAAAAUAUACCAAUGAAGAUGAAUGCCAGAAAAAUCGGGAAAACUUUAAGGAAAUCUGCUUCUACAAGUGAUCUCAAUGAAGCUUCUGCAAGUGAUCUCAGUAAAGCUUCUGUAAACCAAACAAAGAAUGUAUCAUUUAAAACAAGAAAAGCAUCUCCGUCAGAGGGUAUGCCAAUUAGAACCAGAUCAAGGACUAACAAAAUGGGCAUUACUCUAAAUUUCUCCCUCGACAAUGGUAAUUUAGAAAUUAAAAACAAGAAAGUUUCAAAAGCGAGUUCGAACAUGAAUCUUUCUGAAAUUCCUAAAACAAAAGCUUCGAAAAAACCUGUUUCUAGAACCAGAUCGAGGAGGAAACAGUCUAAAAGUCCAAAUCCGAAACCUGUUUCUAGAUCCAGAUCGAAGAGGAAUCUGUCUAAAAGUCCGAAUCCGAAAGGAUUGAAAAAAUCAAAUGGUUCUCCAAUGAGAAAAGUAAAUACACCAACUAAGAAGGAGAAGCCGGCUUCUAAAGUCAGUGCGAAGAGCAAUCUGUCUAAAAGUCCCAACCUGAAAAUUUCGAAAAAACCUGUUUCCAGAGGAAGAUCGAGGACGAGACAAACUAAAAGUCCGAAUCUUAAACCGGCUUCGAGAUCGAGAUCGAAGAGAAAUCCAUCUAAAAGUCCUAAUCCGAAAGCUUCGAAAAAAUCAAAUGGCUCUCCACUCAGAAAAGUGAAUUCACCAAUUAAGGAUAAACCUGUUUCUAGAGCCAGAUCGAGGACUAGACAAUCUAAAAGUAUGAAUCCGAAACCUGUUACUAAAGCCAGUUUGAAGAGGAAUCCGUCUAAAAGUCCUAAUCCAAAAGGCUCGAAAAACCCAACUGGUUCACCAUUCAGAAAAGUGAUUUCACCAAUUAAGGAUAAACCUUUGACUAGAGCCAGAUCGAGGACGAGACAAUCUAAAAGUCCGAAUCCGAAACCGGCUUCUAGAUCGAGAUCGAAGAGGAAUCCGUCUAAAAGUCCUAAUCCGAAAGCUUCGAAAAAAUCAAAUGGCUCUCCACUCAGAAAAGUGAAUACACCAACUAAGAAGGAGAAACCUAUUUCUAAAGCCAGUUCGAAGAGAAAUCUGUCUAAAAGUCCUAAUCCAAAAGGAUUGAAAAACCCAAAUGUUUCUCCAAUCAGAAAAGUGAAUACGCCAACUAAGAAGGAGAAGCCGGCUUCUAAAGCCAGUGGGAACAGGAAUCUGUUUAAAAGUCCUAAUACAAAAGGCUCGAAAAAACCAACUGGUUCUCCAAUCAGAAAAAUGACUUCACCAAUUAAGGAUAAACCUUUGACUAGAGCCAGAUCGAGGACGAGACAAUCUAAAAGUCCGAAUCCGAAACCGGCUUCUAGAUCGAGAUCGAAGAGGAAUCCGUCUAAAAGUCCUAAUCCGAAAGCUUCGAAAAAAUCAAAUGGCUCUCCAGUCAGAAAAGUGAUUUCACCAAUUAAGGAUAAACCUGUUUCUAGAGCCAGAUCGAGGAAUAGACAAUCUAAAAGUCCGAAUCCGAAACCGGCUUCUAGAUCGAGAUCGAAGAGGAAUCCCUCUAAAACUCCUAAUCCGAAAUCUUCGAAAAAAUCAAAUGACUCUCCACUUAGAAGCGUGAUUUCACCAAUUAAGGAUAAAUCUGUGUCUAGAUCCAGAUCGAGGACUAGAAAAUCUAAAAGUCCGAAUCUGAAACCGGCUUCUAGAUCGAGAUCGAAGAGGAAUCCGUCCAAAAGUCCUAAUCCGAAAGCUUCGAAAAAAUCAAAUGGAUCUCCACUUAGAAAAGUGAAUUCACCAAAUAAGGAUAAACCUGUGUCUACAGCCAGAUCGAAGAGAAAUCUGUCUAAAAGUCCUAAACCGAAAGGAUUGAAAAAACCAAAGGGCUCUCCACUCAGAAAAGUGAAUACACCAAAUAAGAAAGAGAAUCCUGUUUCCAAAACCAGUUUGAAAGAGAAUAUGUCUGGAAGUCCUGUUCGGAAAGACUCGGCAAAAUCAAAUUCUUCUCGACGCAGAUCAGAUGAUUCAGAGAGUUUAGAGGACGAAGACGAAGAAUGGAGGCCUUCGAGUACAUCUGGGGAAGAAUGGCACUAUACUAAAACUCAUAAUCCAAUAGGUUUAAAAAAAACAAAUGGCUCUACACUCAGAAAAGUGAAUCCAACAAAUCAGAAGGAGAAACCUGUAUCCAAAAUCAGUUCGAAACAGAAUAUUUCUGAAAGUUCUAAUCCGAAAGACUCAGAAAAAUCAAAUGCUUCUCCACACAGAUCAGAUGCUUCAGAGAGUUUAGAGGACGAAGAUGAAGAAUGGAAUUCUUCGAGAACAUCUGGGGAAAAGAGCCACUACACUCCCCCCGGUAUUCCAUCACAAUCAAACCAAAUGGAUUAUUUACAAGUGCCAGUAAUACAAUAUUCUCCCCCAUCAAACGAAGAGUCAGAUAUCGAGGAAGAGUUGUCAAGCAGUAAAGAAAGCUACAACAGUGAAGCUGAAACUGAACAUGGUCAAUCAAUGAUUAUGAAGAAACCAAUGUUGGAAGAAACUGAUGCAAUCUCAGAGUUGUCAAACAAAGAAGAAAGCGAUAACAGUUUAGAUGAAAUUGAACCUGGUGAAUCUACGGCAAAGAAGCCAAGUUUAGAAGAAAUUGAUGCAAUUCCAUCAACAUCACAAUCGAGAAAUCAUCCGAAAUUGAUUGGCGACUAUUCAGCGUCUUACAACGAAAUUCCUAAAACAUCAAAACGGGUAUUAAAGAGGAAAUCUGAGGAGGGCCCAAGAACAAGAAGCGCCAAGAAAGCAGAGCUUUUAAAAUUUAUAUCACUGCGCACGGUUGAUUUAGUGACUAGUAGCGAUGAAGAAAUCUUCUCGCCCACGAAAUUUUCCAAAAAUGUUGACGGAGAAAUCUUUAACUCUACUGAAAAAGCGGCUUCUAUCGAUCAAGAGUCUGACAGUCUACAAUAUCGAGAAAGGUCAACACUUCGGAUACCUGAUGGAGUUAACUUAGCCAGAUAUAAUUUGUCCCGACAAGCCACUGUGCGGCAUGAUUCAGAAUCAGUUUUGUUUCAGAAUCCGAUGAGAAGGAAGAAUUGGAUCAAGACUGGGAGGACGUUCCUUAAAAAUGUAUGGCCUGGAAAAUGCAUGCGUGCAUAUAAGUUAUCAAUUGUUUUACUAUUUAUUGCAUCUAUUUUUACGGGAUUUUAAAAUGUUCUUCUGUUAAUUGGCCUGGGCAGGACCCAUUUUAUGAAAAAAAAUAUUUUAUGAAUACAUUGAUUGAAAAAAA